AUGCCAACCGGUCUCACCUCGAAGAUCUACCUCGCGGGUGUCCCCCCUGGCCUCACCUUCGAGAUCACCAGCAUCAAGCCAGUCGCGCCCAACGACGGGUACGAUUGGAAAGCAUCGUUCAGGCGCGGUGCCGGCGAAGCCGACGUCAGCUGCAUUGGCCAGACCGUGUACGACGACUGGCCGAUGCCGUUCAAGGUCUCCCCGAGUGACCGCGACGGGCUCAUCGGCGAGGCGCACUUCGAGGGCCACAACGGCCUCUGGAGCUCGGGCCCGGGCGCGAUGGUCACUAUCGACUUCCGCCUGUACGGGACCACGACCGUCAAUGGGGUCAGCGUCGACGUAAACGAGGAUGGGGUCAUCCCGAUCUCGACGACGGACUGGGGCGGGUUCACGCGCCCCGACUACGUGAACGUGACGUACUCGUGGCGGCGCCGCACCGCGGACCCGGUGAACGUCGCGCUCAGCGUGCCCUCGACGUUGGUGGGCAUGCCGGACGACCUGUACUUCGUCCCGGGGGUCAGCACGCAGGAGGAGAAGGUCGGGCUGGCGACCACGACGGACAGGGCGAUUGCUCUCACUGCGGUGGAUUAUGCGCUGAAGGGUAUCUUCUGGAUCCAUGAGAAGCUUUUCUCUUGGGCUUUGGGUUUGUUGUUCUAGGAUGUAGUACAGACUGCGUACGUGACCGCCAUAUAAUGU